GCUGAGCGUCCCAUUCAGAGCACUUGCAGAUUUGUUUUAUUGCGUUCUUGCUUGCCUACCGUCUCUUUUGUGUUUCGGCCGCAAUUCCACGUUGGGGUAGAGAGCUUAGUUGAUUCCUCUGCUCCAGGAGGCACUAACGCCAGUGCUUAUCAUAUAAAAAAACAUGGGGCUGGAGUCUGUGGGAAUACGGCUAGCUCUGCUAGCGCACCACCCAAUCAGAGAGGAGACUGUAGCAUGCAGCGUGCAGCGUGAGCUCAGUGACUGGGAGAGGAGGGAGUGCAGGGAGUAGGAGGACUGAGUGCUCAGGACUGAGGAGUUUUAAGGAGUGAGGGGGAGAUAAAAUGUUUGGUUUUUCCUCCGUGUGAUAGUCAUCCCAGUCUUAUUAGGGCUCUGUUUCUCCUCCCCUCUUUCCUGUCUGCCUGACUGACUGACUGCUGCUGCUGCUGCUGCUGUUUCCACUGGUGCUGCUGCCUGAGGGAAAGACGUACUGCACUACAGGAAGGGCCUGAGCAGCUCUGUGUGCCUUUGGGCUCGCUGUCUCUCCCUCCCUCCCUCUCUCUCUCUCUGGCUGUCUCUCCCUCUCUCGCUCUCGCUGUGUCUCUCUAACGCGUUACCAGAUGAAAAUGUCAGUGGAAGCAGAAACUCUGUCGAACGGGUCACACAGGUCAGACCUCUCUGUUGCCCUUGACGACUGCAUGGCAGCUCUGGACCUGUUCUUGCAGAAUGAGUUUGAGGAGGCCCUCUCGAGACUCCGAUGCAGAACCAAGGACAGCAUGUACCACGCCCUCACGUACGCCACUAUUCUCGAGAUGCGGGCGAUGAUGACCUUCGACCCAGAGGACAUACUGGCGGCUGGAAACACCAUGAAAGAUGCCCAGGCAGUCUGCCAGCGAUUCCGCAAGAAGUCCUCCUUCAACAGCCUGAUAAACAGAACUUUCACUGAAGAGGAGCUCCACGCCGAGGUGUGCUAUGCAGAAUGUCUCCUGCAGAGGGCAGCGCUCACCUUCCUUCAGGAUGAAAAUAUGAUCAGUUUCAUCAAAGGAGGCAUUAAAGUGAGGAACAGCUACCAGACAUACAAAGAGCUACACACUGUCCUCCAGUCAGCUAGCUACGUCCACGGCGACAAUCACUGUCACUUUGAAGGAGGGGUAAACCUUGGAGUGGGAGCCUUCAAUCUGAUGCUGUCUAUGCUUCCCACCCGAAUCCUCAGGCUGCUGGAGUUCGUGGGGUUUUCUGGCAACAAGGACUUUGGCCUGGAGCAGCUGCAGGAAGGCUGCUCCACCCAAACCUUCAGGGCUUUCCUCUGCAACAUGCUGCUGCUCUGCUACCACACCUUCAUGAGCUUCAUCCUGGGCACAGGGGAAGGGGAUGUGGUGGAUGCAGAGAAGCUACUGCAGCCCUAUCUCAAGCAGUAUCCGAAGGGAGCCAUCUUCUUGUUCUUUGCUGGGCGAAUUGAGGAGAUCAAAGGAAACCUGGAUGCUGCUAUUGGUCGUUUUGAGGAGUGCUGUGAAGCUCAGCAGCACUGGAAGCAGUUCCAUCACAUGUGCUACUGGGAGCUGAUGUGGUGCUUCACCUAUAAGAGGCACUGGAAGAUGGCUUACUUCUACGCCGACUUGCUCAGCAAGGAGAAUACCUGGUCCAAGGCUACGUACGCGUACAUGAAGGGAGCCUACCUCAGCAUGCUGAGCAGGGAGGAGCGCCAGCCUUUCGGGGAGAGCGAGGUGGCGCUUUUCAGGCAGGUGCCCGGGCUGAAGCAGAAAAUAGCCGGGAAGUCUCUGCCGACCGAGAAGUUCGCCAUUCGAAAAGCUCGCCGAUACUUCGCUGAGAGCCCUCUGCCCCUCCCUGUACCCCCUCUGGAGAUGAUGUACAUCUGGAAUGGGUACACAGUGAUCGGGAAGCACAGGGACCUGACUGAGGGGAUGCUAAAGACCCUGGACGAGGCCCAGAAAAGGCUGGAUCAAAACCCAAAGACAGAGUUCUCCAUAGAUGACCAGUGCCUGGUGAGCCUGCUGAAGGGCCUGUGUCUUAAGCACCUAGGACACAGGGAGGAGGCUGAGCACUACUUCACCCUUAUUGUCUGCAAUGAAACGCAGAUUAAGUAUGAUCACUACUUGGUGCCCAACGCGCUGCUGGAACACGGCUUGCUGUGCCUGGAGCAGGGGCGGAGGGAGGAGGCCGUCAGUCUGCUGGAGGCCGCCAAGCAUAAUUAUAAGAAUUACUCUAUGGAGUCCCGGACACAUUUCCGAAUACAGGCUGCUUUGCACAAGGCCCAGGCCACGGAGGAAAAUGGAGUCCACUGUGUGACAUCCAGCCCAUAGCUGGGGGCACUGGAACAGAACUGCCACUGUGCAGGACUCAGUCCUGGAGAGCAGGGAUGGACCACACAGGGGCACUGAGCCAAAACACACUUAUCUGAGCGACUGGCCUCACUUAGAGCGGUCAGGAAGCCAUGUGCUGACAAACACACACACGGACACACACACACACACACACACACACACGAACGUGCACACGCACACGGAUACACACACACACACUCACGUACUCACGCACACAGGCAUAUGCACACACACUCACACACACACACUCACAUACUCACGCACACAGGCGCAUGCACACGCACACACACACACACACACACACGAACGUGCACACGGACACACACACACACACACAAACGUGCACACGCACACGGAGACACACACACACACACUCACGUACUCACGCACACAGGCGCAUUGCACACGCACACAUACACACACACUCACACAAACGUGCACAGUCUCACACACACACACACACACAAACGUGCACACGCACACGGACACACACACACACACACACAGUCAUGCACACACGUACAUGCACACACACUCAUGCACACACACUCACGCACACACACGCGCACACACACACACACACACACAUACACACUCCCUCUCACACACACACACACACACACACAUGCUAACUUUUACAGACCUUUUUAAAAGGUUUCUGUGGCUCAUGUGAGUGAUGCAUCCCCACUGGUUUUGCCCUCUGUGACCAAAAACACUGCGGCCAACCCACAAAAAUAUCUGGCUGGGAGUGCCCUACUAAACAAGAUCAGAACUCCAUUUUUGUCUUAUUGUUUUGUCUCUGUUUAGUCUUUUUUAAACAAUUAUUUUAAGAAUAUAACAAAAUAUAAAUCAUAGAAUAAAAAAGUUAAAUAAGGUGCCAGUGUUAACCAGAUGGAUAGCAUUUUGACAAGAGGCCUAAGAUCCUGAAGUAGGGUUGUGUUCUUCAGGGAACAGUGCCAUGAAAUAUUUCAUUAUAAAGACCGAUGCUCUUUUUAAAUGUUGUGUUUCAGGUAGCAAGAUUAUUAGCAAUAUUAGAAUGAAUGCCACAAUAUUGUAAAUUACUAUAGAUGAAGAUUUAGAUUUAGAAGUCAAUUAAGGAGUACCUGCUUUACAAAUGCUGGCCUUUAAAAAUAAAAACAUAAACCUGUGUACAUCCAUAACUCAUAGUAAAUAUCUGUAAAUUAAUUUGAUUUUACAUAAAAAGACAAUACAAAAUCAAUUAUAAGAGGGUUAUUCAGAGUUUGGUUAUUUAACUAGCUGGCUACAUUUUUAAAUACCCCAAAAUAAACUAAAAAAUGUAUCCCAAAAGAGCCACACUUGCAGUACAUUUAAAGAAAUAUACAGGUAACGUCCUAUAAUAGAGAUAAUGGCAAGAAGCAUAACAGUGCUUUUAAUAGCAAAUUGCAUAUUACAUUUGAUAUGACUGACACUGGUUGCAUACUUCUGUGAUAACCCCACCUCCUCAAACACUACAGUUGUAGGCAGAUAUGAACUCUGUCACACUAUGCUCCAAUUAAGUCUAGAGUACUACAACAGAUGGCCAUCCAACAGAUUUAAAAAAUCCUCUGUCUUUCAUAUUUAAACCGUUUGUCAGUUUGCCCAUACUGAGGUCCAGUUUAUAAGCUGUGGUGUAGUUGAUUCUAAUUAGGUCAUGUUAAAUACUUUGGUAUCUGCAUUGGAAUGUGUGCAUGGCAAAUGUGUGCUUCAGAGCACUACUUCUACUCUGACUCCAUUUUCUGGAAAUGGUCAACCCACAACCUUGCUUCGUUUGUAUAUAGUCGACACUGGCAUCUGAAAAUAUCUGAACUCUGCACUGCACAGGUAUUCAAGUGGAAAUGGCAUAAUACAGGGUUUUGUUUUGUUUUGUUUUAGAUUUAUAUGCAAUGAUUGACUAAAGUGGCACCCUUUAAAUUGUCCAGUUUUAUAUGGACAAAUCCAUGUGUCUUUUAGAAAGGCAGUCUCUCUCCUUUUGACACAAUCAAUGUGGUAGUUUAUCUCAAACAAGGAUUCUUUAAUACUACAUAUAGGAAGGCCAGGUGUAUAAUUCAGCCCUGUGUAACUGAGGCAUUGAUGAUGUAAUGCAUGGGGCCCUGAAAUCACCUGUCCCCUCAAGCUUCUGUUUUUGUGUUACUUCUGAACCCGUAUCUUUUCACCACUAAGUCUACUACAGUAGGAAAUAUACCUGAGCACCUUUUAUGGAUUACAGCAGUUCAGCUGAAAUAUGGCGCACUUGAAGUGUCUCUUGGCUCUCUAUUUACCAGCAUUUCACAAACACACCAGGGAUAAACUCAAUUGUGAGGGAUCAAAGCUUUGUUAAUGUGGAUGCAUUUCGGGUGGUAUGGUAAUUUAUAAAACAUUAUUAUUAUUACGUUUUUCAGGGUCAAUGAUGCCCUAAUUAAUGAUGCAUUUAAUUUUAUUUGCGGAUACAGGGAAAUAUUAUCCAACACUAUAAGAUUAAGAAAUAUGCCAAAUAAUGUGAUUACUACAUUUUUUUAAAUAAAUAAAAUGCAGGUCAAACAGUGUAGGAAUAAAAGACUAAUCCAAGGCUUGGAUACCACCAUUGUAAUGCCUACUGGCAUCACAUUGCCUGUGAUAAUACUUUUUCUGUAAUGCUAACAUGUAUGACUAGUAUGAUUGCUGUAAUCAUACAUGUUAGCAUGAUUAAGACAAUGUUAUGUAUUACGCUACCUCAGUGCUCAGAUACAUUCAUUAUAUUGUGCCUCCCACAUGAUAUGGUUUAUCCCUUUGCUAUUCAGAAAUAUUCUGUGGACUAUUAUUUCUUUAAGGUGUGCUGUUAUGGAUAUUGCAAGUUAUUUACAAUGGCAAAGGCAUGUGCGUAUGUCCAGGCACUGCAAAUGCGCAAAACAUCCUAAAUGACACAUUUUCUAGAUAAAUAAUCUCAAGAACACAUGGAGUAGAAGCACUUGACGAACGGUCAGUUAGGAAGAUGUUUUCCCUCAAAGUGCUGAGGCCGAGGUAACACUAUAUAAAUUAUUUCAAAAGCAUCUAUUUUAAAAGCAUCAGCUGUUUUGUUCUGCCCAGAAUUGUACUUUUCUAACGGCUAAAUUGAUUUAUGGAGUAAAAAAGAUCCUGUAGGCACUGUGACAUAAAGGUCAGCAUAUUCUAUGUUUGGGACAUGGCUGCUGUGCUGUUUAACAUUCCUUUGUAAAUACUAAAUGUUUUUUUUGUUUUUAUUUAAGAUUAAAUGAUAAAAAGAAGUAUCACAUCA